CUCUCCGGGCCCGGCCGCCGGGCGCUGCCGCUGGUGGUGAUCCUGGGAGCCACGGGCACCGGCAAGUCCGACCUGGCGCUGCAGCUGGGCCUGCGGCUGGGCGGCGAGAUCGUGGGCGCCGACUCCAUGCAGGUGUACAAGGGGCUGGACAUCAUCACAAACAAGAUCUCUCCCCAGGAACAGGCUUUGUGCAGACACCACAUGAUCAGCUUUGUGGAUCCCUUGGUCUCUAACUACACUGUGGUGGACUUCCGGAACAAAGCAGCGGCCCUGAUUGAAGAAAUAUUUGCUCGAGAGAAGAUCCCAAUCGUUGUGGGAGGCACCAACUAUUACAUCGAGUCCCUGCUCUGGAAGGUCCUUGUCGAUACCAAGGAGAAGACCAGCCCUUCCCCUGGGCGAGCAGCCGACCGGAAGGUGGAACUGGAGCAGCUGGAUGGCCGUGAGCUCCAUUGCCGGCUGAGCCACGUGGACCCGGAGAUGGCUGCCAAGCUGCAUCCCCAUGAUAAGCGCAAAGUGGCCAGGAGCCUGCAAGUAUUUGAAGAAACUGGGAUCCCCCAUAGCGAGUUCCUGCAUCGGCAGCGAGAGGAGGAAGGCGGGGGCCCGUUGGGGGGGCCCCUGAAGUACCCAAACUCCUGUAUCCUGUGGCUUUAUGCAGACCAGGCAGCUCUAGAUGAGCGGCUGGACAAGCGGGUGGAUGACAUGGUAGCAGCGGGGCUCCUGGAGGAGCUGCGGGACUUCCACCGGCGUUACAACCAGGAGAAGGUGGCUGAGAACUGCCAGGAUUAUCAGCACGGCAUUUUCCAAUCUAUUGGCUUCAAGGAGUUCCACGAGUACCUUAUCACGGAGGGGAACUGCCCUCAGGAGACAAGCGCCUUGCUGCUGGAGAAAGGGAUCCAGGCCCUGAAACUAGUGACAAAGAGAUACGCCCGGAAGCAGAACAAGUGGGUCCGAAACCGCUUCUUGAGACGCCUGCCGUGGACACCACGAUGGCAAGAAGCCAAUGGGACUUCCCUCGCCCUGGAGCAGGGCCAGGAUCAGCAGCUGGGAGCCGAGCAUUUGUUGAAAGGCCCUGGACCCAAUGUGCCCCCAGUGUAUGGUUUGGAGGUGUCUGAUCUCUCACGGUGGGAUGAGAAUGUAUUGAAACCUGCCCUUCAGAUUGUGGAGAGCGUCAUCCAGGGGCAGCAGCCAUCGGCAGACCCUGUAAAGAUGGAGAGUGAGAUAAAUGAGGACAAACGGAGUCAUCACAUGUGUGAGCUCUGCAACAGAGUCAUCAUUGGGGACAGAGAAUGGGCAGCUCACACAAAGUCGAAGUCCCACCUGAAGGAAAGACGGAAGCUUAGUGCUGUGGAAAGCCAAGUUAAUGUCACAGGGACUCAAGGAGAUAGUGACGGGACCCAGAACUUGGGACAGGACAGAACGUAGGCUCAGUUCUGCAUCUGCCAGCCAGCUGGGGAGCAGGGUCAGCAGUUGUUCUGCCCCCAGUGGAAUCAAGACUGAACGGAGCAGAGCGCAGGAAGGAUCUGGGGAUAAGCUGGGUGUCUUGCUUUCAGCAUCCUGCUGCAGGCAAGAGCGUAUCCUCUUCACACAGCACGAAUGGGGUGAGGAUCCCCAAACUUCUCCAGCCCAGCCUGAAAACGGCUGAACCUCCAAGCAAGCUCAUCAGGAGCAACCAAGCUGAGUUGUGUUUUUAAUUCUAGGCAGUGAUGCAGCAUCCCAGCCUUGGGAUUUGAUCUAGUUUGCUGGCAUUUGAGCGAGGUGUUCUCAGGGACAGAAAUACUGUGUCCAUUCCAGCCUGGGCCAAAAGCAUAGAGCCACACGCUAGGGAAUUCUUGCUAUCUUUAUUAAUUGUUUAUGAAGGCGAUUUUUUUUUUUUUAAACAUCUAAAUAAAGUAGAAACGUUGGCCCCCCUC